CAUUGGCUAAUCAUUCCUUUAAAGAAUGGAACGGCUAUGAUUGGACAGUAUAGUAUUUUAGUACGUAUUAAAGUAUAUCAGUGUAAAUUAGGCCAUUACAAAAAGAAACGUCUAGUCAUCAAUAGAUCAUUUAUAAAAAUACAUUUUAAAGUAGAUAAUGAUAUUUUUAUCGCAUAGUAUUUUUAAGAAUAUUCAUGAAUGCAUAUAUGUAUAGAAUAUAUAUGAAUGCAUAUAUCCAAUAAAUACGUGCUCGCGUACACAUGCAGUGCUCGUGACACGCAGAAAUAAAUUUUGCGAACAAUCGAUUGUGACGGAAGAUUAAUUUGGACAGGCAUUUCUUUUAUAAAAAAGAACUUACGAUGCUCGUGGAAUUAAUUGGGAUUUUCAUUGUCGCUUUAAUCAUUGUGUAUACUUAUUACAAGUAUGUGUUGUUCAAUUUCUGGCGCAAAAGAAAUGUUUUUUAUAUCGAGCCUGUUGUGCCAACUGGUAAUAUCGGAGCCUUAGUAACUAAAAAAAUAUCAAUAGGCAAAUUCUUCCACGAUGUCUAUGUAAAAUAUAAGGAGCAUCGUGCUUUUGGAAUAUACACGUUUUUCAAGCCAAAUCUGGUAAUCGCCGAUCCUGAUCUUAUUCAGGCGGUGCUGACAAAGGAAUUCAAAAAUUUCCAUGAUCGCGGAAUGUUCUGCAACGAGAAGAUUGAUCCACUGUCCGGUCAUUUGUUUGUACUACCCGGGAAGAAGUGGCGGAAUUUGCGCGUCAAGUUAACACCCACCUUCACUUCAGGAAAAAUAAAACAAAUGUUUGCGAUUCUGAAGACAUGCGGCGAAGAGUUCGUAAAAAGCCUAGAAAGCAUAGCUCAAACAGGAGAUUCCAUUGAGAUAAAAGAUUGGUUUGCAAGGUAUACAACGGAUAUAAUUAUGUCAACAGCUUUUGGAGUCAAAUCCAAUUGCAUAAAGGAAGGCGAUAAUGAAUUUCGAUAUUGGGGAAAAAAGAACAAUGUGGAAUAUAGGAAAACUCAUAACAUUGUCAAGCAUGAUUUUAUGAAUUUGCUCAUACAACUUAUGGAGAAGGGCUAUGUUGAACCCGAUGAUAUGAAAGAUGUCGUUGAUAAAUCCUCAACCAUGAAUAGGCUCACUUUGUUAGAAGCGGUUGCGCAAGCUUCUGUUUUUUUCAUCGCUGGCUUCGAAACUUCUUCGACGACAGCAAUGUUCUGUUUAUACGAGUUAGCUCAACAACAAGACUUACAGAACAAACUUCGCAAGGAAAUCGAUGAAAUAUUAAAAAAGCAUGAUGAACUGACCUAUAAUGCUGUAAACGAAAUGACAUAUCUUCAUAAAGUAAUAAACGAGGCAAUGAGAAAAUAUCCGCCUUUACCUAUUUUGAGUCGCAUCUGUACCGAGGAAAUAAAUCUUCCAACAACAAAUAUUUAUGUACCAAAAGGUAUGUUAAUCACUAUACCACUACUCGGAUUACAUCAUGAUCCGUCGAUAUACCCAGAUCCCGAUAAAUUUGAUCCUGAAAGAUUUAACGAGGAUGAGGUAGCAGCCAGACAUCCUUAUGCUUAUUUACCAUUUGGAGAAGGGCCACGAGGUUGUAUCGGUUCGAGAUUUGCUUACAUGCAAACCAAAGUUGGACUCGUAAGUCUUCUAUCGAAAUUCAAGUUCAAACUUGAUACUCGAACUACAGUCCCGCUAAUUUCCGAAAAUGGCUUUGUACAUACGGUCAAAGACGGUAUAUAUCUUACUAUCGAGCCGCGAUAAAAAAAUCAUAAGCAUUUUUAAAUAUUUCAGUUUAUUUGUUUAAAUAAUAUAUAUUGUGUAUAUAUCACAAUUGCAAUUUUGCUUUUUAAUAACAUAUGUUUAUUUACAUGUUUGUAUAUAUACCUAAAUAUUUAUGUAUUUAGAUAAAUGCAAUGUUAAAAUUAACAACAAUAAUAUGUUAACCAAAUAAAGACAUGGGUGUAUAUAAA